AUGUUUCUCACUGCAAAAGCAUCUGGUGAAGAAGCGAUGCAAGUAGCAGGAGCAUUGGCAAUAGCAGAACUGCUAAGAGCAUCUUCUUAUGUGAAGAAAGGCCUUUACGACUGUUUCGAGAAGGCAUACAAGCAGCAGUUGGCAAAGAAUGCCGAGCCUGAUGUCGCCUCUCUGGAGGGCUUUACAAACGACCAGCUGCUCUUUUUGGCAUUUUCUCUGAAUUCAUGCACACCAAGCAUAUCUGAUUUGACUUUGUACUCGUCGCUGAAUAGUGUACAUGCGCCGGGGAUGUACAGGGUGAACACAGUGCUUUCGCAUUUCCCACCAUUCGCUGAAGCAUUCUUCUGCUCUCCAAAAGCGGAAAUGAAUAAGGGAGAAAAAUGCUCAUUGUGGUAA